AUGACCCAAAACAUCAUUCCAGUCUUGAGCGAGACCGCCAUCCAACAAUUGCUGGCUUCGCUCGAUUUACCAGUUGCCUUGAGCAUUAGGAAGCUCGAUGCUACCGCCGCCUAUCACUCCAUAUACAUCCUUCAAUUCGCUUCGAAAGAUGCGCCAACACUCGUACCGGAUCGCUCAAGCGUCCCUGAUGGCUUGGUCGAUUUGAUACUCCGCGUCUCAGGUAAUCACCUACCACGCAUUAAAACGCUCAAUGAGGUCGCUUGCAUGCGAUGGGUGAGAUCCGCCACCACAAUACCUGUGCCAGCGCUGGUUCGCUUUGAUGCAUUCACCGACAACCCGAUCAACCACGAGUUUAUGUUGUUGGAGCGCGUACCAGGAAUCAGUGUCGAUCAGAUCUACGACCAGCUCGAUGACCGCGCGAAGCGGUACCUCAUCUCGCAGCUGACCGAUUAUCUGACCCAGCUCCAAGAGCAUGCUUGGGACCACGUAGGCGGUCUGUCUAUCGUAGGUGAUAAGGUCGUGCCCGGCCCUGUGCUCGAUGAGACGUUUUGGCAGACACCCGAUAUCGGGAAAUACUGGGAUGCCGGUGAGACGGCGGAGAGCCUCAAUAUUGCAGGACCGUACAACACUUAUGCGGAUUAUGCCAUUGCGUGUCUUCGAAAAUACAGUCAAAACAUCGAAAAGCACUCUUCGCUUGCAUCUUAUCGCGACCUACUUCCUCGCCUUAACGCUCUAAUUGAGCGUCUCCAGGACGACCCCGCUAAAACAGAUGACAUCAAGUACAUCUUCGCCCACAAAGACCUUCAUUUCGCAAACAUCAUGUGUGAUCCGGCCACAGCGACCAUAACAGGGACUCUCGACUGGGAAUUCUCAGGCGUGGUACCGGCACCAUUGUGGAAUCCUUCGAAAGCAUUUCUGUGGAAUGGGAAAAGUACUGCCGAAGCAAAGAGGGAGCGAGAUAGGAUGUUCGAGAUCUUCAACGAGCAGCAAUUCACAGAUAUCCUUGGGGCUGUGGAUCCCAACGCGGUGCAGAUGGCGCUGGGUAAGAUACUGACCUAUGUGCGUGCCCUCGUGUAUGUUUGUCCUCGUGGACAGCGGGAGGACGAACGCGCUGGAUGGCGAGCGACUGUCGAGGCGUCCCUCAAGUGCUUCGAUGUGUAG